AUGCAGCACCCUCCAAGGUUUCUCCCUUGCUUCCUCUCCCAGGUGGUUCCAGGUGUGUUUGGGCGUGUGAUGGGUAAGAGCCGCGAGGCAGUUGCCCAGGCCAUGGUGCUGGAGAUGUUCCGCGAGGAGGACUACUACAAUGACGACGUUCUGGACCAGAUGGGCGCCAGCAUCCUGGGUGUCGAGGGCCCUCGGCGCCACCCAGACGAGCCGCCAGAUGAUGAAGUCUUUGAGCUCUUCCCGAUGUUUGUGGGAGGGCUUCUCUCUGCCCACAACCGGGCCAUGCUGGCUCAGCUUGGCUGCCCAAUUAAAAACAUGGAUGUCCUAGAGAAUGCCCAGGCCAUCAAGAAGAAGCUGGGCAUGCAGGGCCGCCAGGUGCUGCCCCCUUCAGAGCUCCUUGACUACCUCUUCUUUCACUACGAGUUCCAGAAUCAGCACUUCUCUGCUGAGGUGCUCAGCUCUCUGCGCCAGCUCAACCUAGCAGGUGUGCGCAUGACACCCCUCAAGUGCACUGUGGUGGCAACUGUCCUGGGCAGCGGAAGACAUGUCCUGGAUGAUGUGAACUUGGCAUCCUGCCAGCUGGACCCCGCCGGGUUGUGUACCCUCAUGCCUGUGUUACUGCGUGCCCGGAAGCUGGGUUUACAGCUCAACAGCCUGGGCCCCGAGGCCUGCCGGAACCUCAGAGACCUGCUCCUGCAUGACCAGUGCAAAGUCACCACUCUGCGGUUGUCCAACAACCCGCUGACGGCAGAGGGCGUGGCCCUGCUGGUGGAGGGACUAGCCAGAAACACCUCACUGACACAUCUGUCCCUGCUGCACACCGGUCUUGGGGACGAGGGCCUGGAGCUGCUGGCUGACCAGCUGGACCGAAACCAACAGCUGCAGGAGCUGAACGUGGCCUACAAUGGCGCGGGCGACAGGGCUGCUCUGGCUCUGGCCAAGGCUGCCAGGGAACACCCUUCCCUGGAGCUGCUGCACCUCUACUUCAAUGAGCUGAGCUCUGAAGGCCGCCAGGUUCUACGAGACUUGGGGAGCACGGCUGAAGGUGGUGCUCGGGUUGUAGCAUCUCUGACAGAGGGAACAGCAGUGUCCGAGUACUGGUCAGUGAUCCUCAGUGAAGUCCAGAGGAAUCUCAACAGCUGGGACCGGGCCCGGGUCAAGCGCCACCUUGAGCUCCUGCUGCGGGAUCUGGAAGACAGCCGGGGUGCCACCCUCAAUCCUUGGCGCAAGGCCCAGAUGCUACGUGUGGAGGGCGAGGUCAAGGCUCUCCUGGAGCAGCUGGGAGGCUCUGGAAGCUGA